AUGAAAGAGUCUUUUAGAAAAGAACAUUGUUAUACAAUGGCAGAUGCCCGUGCUAAACAUACAUCGAAUUGUCGAGUCGUACAAACACCUAUUACAUACAAUAUCCUAUUAGCUGGUGAAACAGGGACAGGAAAAAGUGCAGUGAUAAAUAUGAUAUUUGAUGAAGAUCGUGUAGAAACUUCCUCAGGUGCUAUUGGCUGCACUAGAGAUUGUAGUUCCGUUCGUGGUACACUCAAAGAAUAUCCACAUAUGAAUUUAAGAAUGGUUGACACAGUUGGUCUAGGUGAAAGUUUAGAGGGAGAAGUACCAAAUGAACAGGCAAUGAAUAUAUUUCAAAAUAAAAUAGAUAGUUUAUAUUCCAAAGAUGGUAUUCAUUUACUUCUAUAUUGUAUUAGAAAAGGUAGACAAUUAACGCCAACCAUCGAACAUUAUCAAACAAUUGUUCAUGAUUUAUUACCAAAUGAACAGGCAAUGAAUAUAUUUCAAAAUAAAAUAGAUAGUUUAUAUUCCAAAGAUGGUAUUCAUUUAAUUCUAUAUUGUAUUAGAAAAGGUAGACAAUUAACGCCAACUAUUGAACAUUAUCAAACAAUUGUUCAUGAUUUAUGUGAAAAACAAGUACCAUGUUUAUUAGUUAUCACUCGUUGUGAAGGAGAUUCUCCUACUGGUCGAUGGUGGAAAGAAAAUGAAGUUUAUUUACGGAAAAAUUUAAAAUUUGAUGUUGAUGAUGCUGUAGCUGUUACAGCCGUUAAGACUGAUGCAUCAUUAUCCGAGUAUAACGAAUCAAGAAAACAACUAAUAGAAGCUAUUAGACAAUAUGCAUUAAAAGAACCUUGGCGUUCGAAAAAUUUGAAAGAGAAAUUAUUAUCGUUAUAUCACAGUAAAGUGCAUAGGCCAUCAGUUAAACGACAAGGAACAUCUGAUCCAUUAUGGAAACAAUUACAAGAGCCAAUGAAUACCCAAUCGUUAACUCGAUCAAUAUGGUCAUGGUUUUCUUCUUCUUCUCGUGCGGUAUCAUGCGAUGAAGAUCAAAAUGAAAAAAACUAA